GCACGGUUCACAGGAAGUGGACUGUCAUUCUAGCUGUGUCCUUGUUAGCUAACGAGAUAGCUAGUUAGCUGCUAUAACAGGCAAGCAAAUGUGUACCUUUUGGAAAGAUGAAUUAAAUCUUGCCUAAAGAGUGAAUUUGAAAGAGAUUUGCGUUUUCCCGCUGUUGAUAACAGCACCAUGUUGCGUGUCGGGAGUAAAGCUACCUGCAUGGCCUGCAGAAACCUGGUCUCCACCAACAUGGGCGUGAGAUUUCGGGUACCGCUGCAGAAGCUGCACCCUCUCUCCCGUGCCAUUCACCACCGCUACUCUGGGAACACCAACCCCCAGCGUCCCCCUCAUCGCACGGCAGCCCGCUAUUUCACCUCCAUGUCACGGUUGCCCAUGCGGCCUCCCAAGCCUCCCCCAGGGUCAGGGGGCCGUGGCCACCAGCAGCAGCGCAACUUCUGGGUGGCCCGCCUCGCUGCCCGGCUGCUGAGGCUCCGAUACAUUCUGCUGGGCUCGGCAGUGGGAGGAGGGUACACAGCUAAAAAGACCUAUGAUGAGUGGAAGGACAUGCUACCUGAUUUUAGUGAAUACAACUGGGUCAUUCCUGAUUUUGUCUGGGAACUGAGUGAACAUAUUGAUUUCGAUAAACUAGCCAGAGCUCUGCCAGAGAUAGAGGAAAUAACCAAACUACUACCUGACCUAGACAAGAUAGGAGAGAACUUCACUUUCCUCAAAAGCCUCCUGUCCUCCGGUGUGAGUUUGGGUAGUGAAGUCAAAGGAGCUUCUGGUCUGCAUCUAUUGUUAGAAACCUCAGGCGAUCCGCCGCUAAAAACCACAGAUUCUUCUGCUGCGUCCACGCAGGAGGGCAGCGACAAGCAAUACAAAAAGGGUCUGCUUGGCGAGCUCAUUCUUAUUCAGCAGCAGAUCCAGCGGCACGAGGAGGAGGUCCGGCGGGCCGCAGCAGCCAAUAGUGCGCGCCCCCCACCGCCAGAGCCUGCUCCCAGUCCGCCUCCGAACCCCAGCCCCCCUCAACAGAAACGCAAGUCAUCAGACAAAGAGAAGGUAGACCAGCUUCAAGAAGAACUGCUUCGUACGCAGCUAAAAUAUCAGCGCAUGCUGGAGAGACUAGAGAAGGAGAAUAAAGAGUUACGGAAAGUGGUGCUGCAAAAAGAUGACAAGGGGAUUCACCAAAGGAAAGUGAAGAAAUCCCUUAUUGACUUGUAUUCUGAAGUCCUGGACAUCUUGUCUGACUACGAUGCCAACUACAACACCCAGGACCAUUUACCAAGGGUGGUUGUUGUUGGGGAUCAGAGUGCUGGAAAGACUAGUGUGCUGGAGAUGAUUGCCCAGGCCAGGAUCUUCCCCAGGGGCUCAGGAGAGAUGAUGACCCGCUCUCCUGUCAAAGUAACACUAAGCGAAGGGCCCCACCACGUGGCCAUGUUUAAAGACAGUGGCAGAGAGUUCGACCUUACCAAGGAAGAGGAUCUGGCUGCUCUGAGGCAUGAGAUAGAGCUGAGGAUGAGGAAGAGUGUGAAGGAGGGACAGACUGUCAGCUCUGAGACGAUAUCCUUGAGUGUCAAAGGCCCCGGCAUCCAGAGGAUGGUGCUUGUUGACUUACCAGGUGUCAUCAGUACUGUGACUACAGGCAUGGCAUCUGAUACUAAGGAAACGAUCUUCAGCAUCAGCAAGGCCUACAUGCAGAACCCUAAUGCAAUCAUCCUCUGUAUUCAGGAUGGCAGUGUGGAUGCAGAGCGGAGCAUUGUAACAGACUUGGUUAGCCAAAUGGAUCCCCAGGGGAAGAGGACCAUCUUUGUCCUGACCAAGGUGGACUUGGCUGAGAAGAACCUGGCCAGCCCGAGCAGAAUCCAGCAAAUAGUGGAAGGCAAACUGUUUCCUAUGAAGGCUCUGGGUUACUUUGCUGUAGUGACAGGGAAAGGGAGCACCGGUGAAAGCAUAGACUCCAUUAAAGACUAUGAGGAAGACUUCUUCCAGAACUCAAGAUUACUGAGGGACGGCAUGCUGAAGGCCCACCAGGUGACCACAAAGAACUUGAGUCUGGCCGUCUCCGACUGCUUCUGGAAAAUGGUUAGGGAGUCUGUUGAGCAGCAGGCUGAUGUCUUCAAAGCAUCUCGCUUCAACCUGGAGACAGAAUGGAAGAACAACUACCCUCGCCUGAGAGAGUUGGACAGGAAUGAACUCUUUGAAAAGGCCAAAAAUGAAAUUUUGGAUGAAGUCAUUAGUUUGAGCCAAGUGACCCCGCAACAUUGGGAGGCCAUCUUGCAGAAGAAGCUGUGGGAACGUGUUUCCACCCAUGUGAUUGAGAACAUCUACCUGCCUGCUGCCCAAACAAUGGACUCGGGUACCUUUAACACCACUGUAGACAUCAAGCUCAAGCAGUGGACCGACAAGCAGCUUCCAUACAAAGCCCUGGAGGUUGCCUGGGAGACACUGCAGGAAGAGUUUGCCCGCUUCAUGGCUGAAUACAAAGGCAAAGACCAGGACGACAUUUUUGACAAGUUGAAGGAGGCUGUGAAGGACGAGAGCAUUAAGAGGCACAAGUGGAAUGAGAGGGCCAUGGACAGCCUGAGAGUGAUCCAGCACAAUGCCCUAGAAGACCGUUCCAUCACAGACAAGCCACAGUGGGAUGCCGCCAUCCAGUUCAUGGAGGAAACCCUGCAUUCACGCCUCAAAGACACUGAGUCAGUAAUCAGAGAUAUGGUGGGUCCAGACUGGAAGCAGAGGUGGAUGAACUGGACAAAUCGCACACCAGAUCAGCACAUUCGUAAUGAAACAAAGACUGAGCUGGAGCGCCUGCUGAAGCUACAUGAUGACCACACAGCCUACUUGGCCAAUGAUGAGGUCACCACAGUCAGGAAGAAUCUGGAGGGACGAGGGGUUGAAGUUGACCCUGUGCUGAUCAAGGACACGUGGCAUCAGCUGUAUCGCAGACACUUCUUGCAAAAUGCGCUGGGCCACUGUAACCUCUGCAAGAGAGGUUUCUACUACUACCAGAGACACUUUGUUGACUCUGAGUUGGAAUGCAAUGACGUGGUACUGUUCUGGAGGAUCCAGAGGAUGCUUGUCAUCACAGCCAACACUCUCCGACAGCAGCUCACCAAUACUGAGGUGCGCCGGUUGGAGAAAAACGUGAAGGAGGUGCUGGAUGACUUCGGUGAGGACAUGGAGAGGAAGAGUCAGCUCAUCACUGGCCGCCGGGUCCAGCUGGCCGAGGAUCUCAAGAAAGUUCGUGAGAUCCAGGAGAAACUUGAAGCCUUCAUAGAAGCUCUUCACAAGGAAAAAUAAAAGAACUAGAACUGUUGAAAGUAAAUGUAUGGAUCACAACAGAGAAAAUGCACUGAACAAAGACAUCUAAAUCUGUAUGACUGUCAUCGCCCCCUGGCCCCUGCCCCACCACUCACCUGGUUUUAAUACCCACCACUUGGCUGUCUGUCCCCUUUGAAGCUGAUGAAAAGAUGGACUUAAACAGAAGGAUAAGAUGGAGGAACAGUUUUCAAGUUUUUUUUUUUUUUUUUUGUCUUGCGUCAUGAGUAAACAGGGGACUUCUGCACAGGAGCCCAAACUCAGUCAGAUCAGGAGGAGAAUGGGAAGCUUGCACAGUGUUAUCAGACAUCUGACCACUCAUUUUCAAUAAAUGAGGAUUGUGUACAUCUUUAUCUCCCCAGUUUUUUUUCUCCAACUGGUUUUCUGUGUAUAUGUAUAAUGGAUUGGUGAAAUAGCCUUGAAUUUCAUACCUUUAUCUUGCCUGGUGCUCCUAAAACACGCCAUGACACCUACCUGGUACAUGACCAUUUGCCUCUAUUUAACAAGUACCAGUUCAUUUUGGUUGCGCUUAGGAUCUAAAGCACUUACAUUAUCCCUCCAAGCUACAGCUGUACUCUACAUUUACUUCCCCCACUUUAAAUCUAUAAGAAUAGAAAGUAACUACCUGGUUCAAUAUUCAGCCUUCCUCCCAUCAUCUCUUCAUUGUAACACCACAACUAUCAUUCACUAACAGAAUACAAGCAGCUCUGAAUAUUAUGUAUAGAUUUAUAUCUUAUUAUUUUGAUCUAAUGGGGUUUAUUUGACAGUGCUAUGUAUAUAUGUCUGCCAAAUUCACAUGACCUUUUGUUUCUAUGUCUGUGCGUGUGUGACAUUUCAUCUACACUGUCGCCAUGUUGUAACUGACAGAUAAUGCAACUUUCAAAAAAAGUAGUAGGAUACAUAAUAGAUUGAGAAUGUAGUUAAAGAUACAUCCAGGACGUUUCUAGAGCCUUUAGACACUAAGUGUCAUUAAAGUAUGUGUUGCAGUUUGAACUGAUUAUGUGAUGUUAAGACAUCAGUUAAAAAUGUUUUUCAUAUCAACUGUUUAAAAUUAAAUUUUCAACCACUUUAGAGGUAUAUUUAAUUUUAUUUUGAAAAGCUAUGGCACUGUCUGCGUCUCUACUUUGGAUGUGAGCUUUAAUCUUUCCCAGUCUAGUAUCUGGUCCAUCUUGACCAGUUGGUCCAGUUACACAGGCGGUAGGUGGGUUGUCUGGAUGUGUUUCCAGUCUGCACCAGGUUUGAUGUCCUCUAUUUAUUUGGCAAGACAGGAAUUCCUAUGUAUACCGCACAAGAUGCACUUGAUGAACUACUACCACUUUUCUGUGAUUGAAUGGUCAUUAAGACCUUAUGCCCCUUGCUGCAAGCGUGAGAUCAAACACCCAAAAACCAAGAAAUAUAGUAUUCUCCAUUUUGUAAAUGACCAGGAACUGUCCUCAAAGUUAAGGAAAGUAUCUAACAUGCUGGUGGUUCAUUUUAAACUGAAAAUGUAUGCUUUUGUCACUGUCAAGCCAGGUGUUCCUAAUCUUGUGAUUCUUCCCACAUCCACUCUUUGCAGCACCAUCAUUUGGACAUUUCUCACUCUUUCCUUCACCCAUGUACACACCCAUGCCAUUCAUUAAUUUGUAUAUGGGUAUAUAUAUAUAUAUAUAUAUAUAUAUAUAUAUUAUAUAAUAUGUGUGUGUGUGUGUGUAAAACAUGCUGUGCAUUCUGUAUAGGUAAAGUUGGUGGGAAGUAUCAUGCACGGCACGUGUAUGCAGAGUGAGCCACUUGUGUAACAGAAAAUCAGUGAGUUGGUUCAAAGAGAUGUUUUAUGUUGUAGAAAGUAAUGUUUGCAUGGUGUAUUCCAUCAGCUGUGCUUUAUUUAUUAAAUUUGUGUUUAAAAGAAGAAAAUUGAAAAUAAAAUUGACAAAUAAAAAUGA